AUGGUGCGCGACGAGUGCUCGCAGAUUGUCCAUGUGGACGGAUCUAGCGAUGACGAGUACUCAUGGGUCCACCACGAGGAGUCAACGGAUGAUGGCGAAGGCUCAGAGGCAACCAGGAGAAAAUAUAAAAACUGGACAGCCAAGCCUGAAUUUCGGACAAAAUGCAGUCUGUCCGCUGCGAGGGACAGGAACAUUGUCGGCGCUCGCAGUGAUAGCGAUGGUCAGAGGGCUCAUUUAAAAAUCCGGGGAGAAGCAGGUCGAGCACCAUGGAGGAGACUGUGGGGCCGAAGACUGCCGGGCGCAGCAAAGGGCUGGGUGCGAAAGAGGGACCGGACGUGA